AUGGGCUCAGUGUCGACGUCAUCAAUCUCGACAGCAGGAGCCAUCUCCGAGGAUGCCGGGGCGCUUUCUGCGUCGUUGUCAUCGGAGGGCAAGGGCAACGGGAAAUCUGAUUUUGGAGAGGACGGGGGACAAGAAAGGUCGACGGGCGCCAACGACAAUUCCACGGAAGGUGGCGAUGAAGGCGACGAAGUGGAAGUGGAAGAAGGGGAGGAUAAGGCGGAUAGGAUCAAGUCUAACAACUCCAGCAGCUUUGAUCCUACGCUCGGUGACGGCGAAGACGAGGAAGAGGGUGAUGAAGGCGAGAGGGUAGUAUUUGAACUGGUGCUGGAUACGCCUGCGCCUGCUGGCUACAAGAAGGAGAGGAUGGAACUCACGCGAGAAGAACACGACGAAGCUAAGAAGCUGGAGAACGAGAGGAAGGAGGGGCGAGAAUUGCAUGGAGAGGGAGACAGUACCAACGAGAGUGAUGUCGGGAGGUCAGCUAUCCAACAGGAGUGGACGACAAGUUGGAGGACGUCGGAACGCACGAAGGAGCACGAGCAGCUAAGCCGUGAAGUGCACCGUCCAGGGCACGCCGUCCGUGCUUUAUACUCGCCCGAAAUUUUUGCCCCACAUUUCGAAGCAGAACGCCGACAGCCCACAAAGGUGCUCACGUCCCAAGCGAGCACUUCGCAUGCUCCCGCAAAAGGCAAGUCGAAAGGAAAGCAAAUCUGGACCCUGGCACCCCUGCGCGCGCAUCUCGCUACCGUCCAUCUUCACACGAUCGCGAGGCGACGGGAUUGGGCACAUGCAGGGCGUCUCGGGCGCGAACGUGAUGGGACGUCAUAA